AUGUUAUCGAUUAAGCGACGCGCACUACCUCUUGUACCUGCCUAUUCUAUCACAACUCAUAAAAGUCAGGGACAAACUUUAAACAAAGUUCUAAUUGAUUUAAAGUUACUAAAGGAUACAGAUGAUAUCGCUGCAGUCUAUGUACCAUUGUCCAGAGUUAAACGUUUAACUGAUUUAAUUAUUUUGCGACAUUUCGAUUACAAAGUCUUACUGAUUAAACCCAUCGAGGGUAAUGCGAGUCACCUCCGACGAGCGUUAUUUAUUUCAAAACCAGGAUUAUUUAUAACCAUACCAGCUUCAUUCUCAUUGGAAAUCAAUGUCCAUACUUUAACGUACUUGGUGGUUCUUGUUACCGAAAAAAUAAUAACCGAAGAAGCUCUAAACCUAUCGCUUUUCAACUCACAAAUAUGUCAGAGUGUUUUUCGCUUAGCGCGAUCAAUGUCUGGUCCAUUUUCUAGCGUGGUAAACUUUUCCGUCAACGAAUUUCUUCAACGCGUUGAAAAAUUGACCGUUCUUCAGAAUAUCAAAUGUUCGUGUGAUUCAGGUAUUAGUAGUUUAGUUUUUCCGAAACACCAUAAACAAUCACAACAAACGCAUCAAUUACCGUCAACAAACACAACGAAUGAUAUUACAGAAGAAUUUAUUGAAAAAACCGUAUUUAGUGCUUAUCUUUAUGCUAGUCAAAUUCUUUCUGGUUGUAAUUUAUCGAUUCUUAAUCCUAAUGGCAAAAGUAUAUCAUUUGAAGAGGUUAAUCGAUUAGCUCACCAAAAGUUAGCAAGGUCGCAAUGUAAAGCUUUUAGUACAAAAGAUAGUCAAUCGAGUAAUCAUAAACAAGAUGAAGAUGAAGAUCUUCGACAAUAUUUAAGUCAAAAGCAAUCCGGUGGAACAAAAAUAAUGGAUGAUCUAGAUGAAUUGAUCUUAGAUGAAGAAUCAGAUGCAGCCAAUUUAUUAAAUGUAUCUAGUUCAACAUUUAAUGGAAUGCGGAUCUUCGAUUCCAUUGGUGCACACCAAACUGAAUCGUUCUUUCCCGUUGAAAUAAAUGGAAAGAAAAAAGAUUUUCAUAAACAAGCACCUAAUUGGUAUUUCUCGAAAACAAAACCUACUUUAUCAGCUGAUCGAUCGAUUAGAGUUCAAAAGAGAUAG